AAAACCUAGAACAACAAAAUGCUACUCCACCAACCCACCACCUCAAGACCUCAACUUCACGAUCGCAAUCCGCACCAUGUCUCUCUCUCAUCAACUCUUUCCUACUCUCUCACAUUCCCAUAUGGAGUUUCCAAUUCGUCAGUUCUUCGACUCGUUUCAAGCCACAGAAGUCAAGUUAUUACGUGUUCUACAUCACAGGUUCACAGUUAUGGAAAAGUGUACUAUGAAAGGAAGUCAAUGUUGAAAUGGAACGCUUUAUACAAGAGAAUAUCGCUCAUGGAGAAACCUGAAUUGGGUUCUGCGAGUGUGUUGAAUCAGUGUGAGAAUGAGGGAAAGCAGCUCGCAAAAUGGGAGCUUUGUAGGGUUGUUAAGGAGUUGAGAAAGUUCAGGCGUUACAAGUCUGCUCUUGAGGUGUAUGAGUGGAUGAACAACAGGGGAGAGAAGUUCCGGAUGUCCACUAGUGAUGCUGCAAUUCAGUUAGAUCUAAUUUCCAAAGUGCAUGGAAUUCGAAGUGCUGAAAAGUACUUCCUGAAGUUGCCAGAUACCUUAAAGGACAAAAGGAUAUAUGGGUCUCUUUUGAAUGCCUAUGUGCGUGCUAGAAUGAGAGAAAAGGCUGAAUCUCUGUUUGAUCAAAUGAGAAAUAGAUGUUAUGCCAGCCAUGCCCUUCCAUUCAAUGUGAUGAUGACUCUUUACAUGAACCUUAAAGAUUAUGACAAAGUCGAUGCAACAGUUUGGGAGAUGAUGGAGAAAAAUAUACCAUUAGACAUAUAUUCCUACAAUAUCUGGUUAUCAUCUCGUGGAUCCCAAGGAUCUGCAGAAAAGAUGGAACAAGUAUUUGAACAGAUGAAGCUGGACAGGAACAUUAACCCCAAUUGGAGUACGUUCAGCACAAUGGCUACAAUGUACAUUAAGCUGGGUCAGUUACAAAAAGCAGAAGACUGUUUAAAGAAGGUUGAGAGUAGGAUCAUGGCCUGGGAUCGAAUUCCUUAUCAUUAUCUUAUUAGUAAUUAUGGUGGUGUGGGUAACAAGGAGGAGGUUCACCGGGUGUGGAAUAUUUACAAAUCAAAGUUUCCAUAUAUUCCAAAUUUGGGUUACCAUGCUGUAAUCUCUUCGUUGGUUAGGCUGGGUGAUAUUGAAGGCGCAGAAAAGAUUUAUGAAGAAUGGCUGUCAGUUAAGACUGCAUAUGACUCUAGAAUAGGAAAUCUUCUACUGGGUUGGUAUGUUAGAAAGGGAUUUUCGGAGAAAGCAAAGGCUUUCUUUGAACAAAUGGGUGAAUUGGGAGCAAAGCCAAAUUCAAGCUCAUGGGAGAUACUAUCAGAAAUACAUAUCAGUGAUAGGAGGAUUUCUCUGGCUUUGUCUUGCUUAAAGGAGGCCAUUUCAGCCGAGGGAUCAAAGAACUGGAAACCAAAGCCUGUAAAUGUGUCUUCAAUUCUCAAGCUCUGCGAGCAAGAAGCUGAUACGGUGAACAAGGAGGUUUUAUUGGGGAUGUUAAGGCAACUUGGUUGUCUUGUGGAUGAAGCGUAUAUGUCAUAUAUACCCUUAUCUAAUGGAAUGGCUGCUGGCAAUGCACUGUCAACAGAGAAAGGCAGACCUGAUGAUGAUGAUGGUGGUGGUGGUGAUGAUGAGGAGGGAGCUGAAAUGCUUCUCAACCAACUUCAGGAAAGCUUUUGAGGACUCAUUCCUUUUCAACAUACAAGGACCUUAUCAACCAAGUGCAAUGCAUGGGGAGUUCUCGCCCGUGUGGGUUGACGUUCCCAAAAUGGGUACUAUCGGGUCGGGUGAAUUCAAUAAUAGACGCCUGUUGGCAUUCCAGCCUUCCUUCGCCUUUCAGGGCCUACCCGAAAGAGAAUCCAGUACUUCUUGGUUGUGAAUAUCUGAACUGGUUGUUCACUGUUCAAGAACUUCUUAAAUGACCUUUCAUUGUCUUUUUACGGUAAAUAUUGAGUGCUCAAGUUACCAUGGUUAAUAAUGAUGGCCCUGAGGAUGAAAUCGGGAUUCUCUUUGGGAUCUCAACUUCCAUGUGCCUGUUGCUCCAUGAAGGUUCAUAUUUUAUUUCCUCAUGUGAAUGAACCCAUACCCACUUUCCUCUGUUUAAGGCUUAUUUGAAAAGUUUUUGAGCUAUCUUUGUAGCUUUUGGACCAACCCAUAGAAGCUCACAUGUUUAUCAUUAUGGCAGAAGUGGUAUGAUUCAGUAGAGUGAUAAAUUCAAAUUUUCUUUGACUUCCAUUGUCAUAUUUGUGGAAUUUAUUAUGGACUAGACUAGCUGAGGUAAAUUACAAAGGCGAAAGCCUCGGUUAUUUGUGAA